CUUGCUUCGUCAUUCCCCCUUCGAAUUCGGGAAAGGUGCCGCAUGGGGUGAACGUGAAUGAAUAGAGUGGUGAGCGCUUGAGCAUCACCCGGGCACUGCCCGCCGACCCACCGACGAGAGGGACCGUUGACACCACAUUGAAGGUCAUACCACCUUGAGGAGGCCCAUAGGCACAAGUGAUACUAUAGAAGAGCAAGCUGCCGUCGGGGGAUACGCAUCCGAUGACUAAAGCGCUCCCAUAGUAAUUGCCUACCUUGAGAUGGAUAUUGGCUCCCGCGAACUCGGAAACAAAAUGAUCUGCCGGUCGCGAUCCCAGCGCGAACCUGUCAAACUGGAGCCAGAGAUGGAUGGCGCACGAGAUUCCAAUGCCAAUUCGCCCAUAUAUAAGUGACGCACACCAACCCCAUCGUCUCUCCCCAUCGUCCCCAUCUCCUCCAUCGCACCCUUCAAACCAACCAACAUCCCAUCGAGAAUAUCAACAUGGUCUUGAAGCUUCACGGUGUUUCCUUCUCUACCUGCACCCGUACUGUUGCGGUCGUAGCCAAGGAGCUCAACGUCCCGUAUGAGCUCGUCAAUGUCGACUUCGCCAAGGGAGAACACAAGUCUCCCGCGUUCACCGCCGUCCAGCCCUUCGGCCAGGUGCCUUACAUCGAUGAUGAUGGCUUCAAGCUGUUCGAGUCCCGUGCCAUCGCCCGCUACCUCGCCAAGAAGUAUGCCGGCCAGGGCACGAAGCUGAUCCCCACCGAUCCCAAGGAGGAGGCCAUCUUCGAGCAGGGUGUCUCGAUCGAGUCGUCCAACUUCUACCCGUCUGCGAUUGGAUUCGGCAUUGAGAAGGUCUUCAAGCCGAUGCGUGGCCUCACGCCUGACGAAGCGCGCGCCGAGGAGCAUCUGAAGACGCUCGCUUCCAAGCUCGACGCGUACGACGUCCUCCUCGGCAAGCAGAAAUACGUCGGUGGCAACGAGAUCACCCUUGCGGACCUGUUCCAUCUCUCCUACGGCCAGCUUCUCGUCCAGGCCGGCCAGGCCGAUCUCUUCGAGUCGCGCCCCAAUGUAGCGAGGUGGUGGAAGGAGAUCUCGACCAGGCCGUCUUGGCUCGCUGUUAAGGAUGCCGCUUAAGUCAAAGCUGGUUCUUAUUAGACUAAAUGAGGCUCAAAAGUGUACUCAAAAUUGUAUAAACAAUGAACAUUAUCGAGACUUUUGUGACAUGACCCUUCCGG